AUGGCUUCAAUUAAUUUGAAAGUUCCAUUGACUUCUGAAGAAUCUCAAUUCUUUAAUAGUAAAUUUAAAGAAUUGGAUACUGAUUCAUUAGGUGUAUUGACAGGUGAAAAUUCAAGAUCACUAUUUGCUAAUUCAGGUUUAUCAUCUCAUAUUUUAUCACAAAUUUGGGCAUUGGUUGAUAUUAAUAACAAGGGGUUUUUAAAUUUUAAUGAAUUUUCAGCUGCUUUACGUUGUAUAGGUAUGUUACAAACUUAUUCAAAUUUACCAAUUAAUAAUACACUAUAUGAAAAUCCUUUACAAAAAAUGCCAAAUCUUCAAGGAUCUUCAAUUACAAAUAUGACAAUUAAUGAUUCAUCAUUAAGUAUACCAUUACCUUCAUCAUCUGAUAUUAUUAAAUUUGCAGAAUUAUUUGAUAGAACAGCUGGUAUUGGUAAUAAUAUUUUAACUGGUGAUAAAGCAAAAGAUAUUUUUUUAAAAGCAAGAUUGCCAAAUCAAACUUUAGGUGAAAUAUGGGGUUUAUGUGAUAAAAAUGCUUCAGGUUCUUUAGAAAAACCUGAAUUUAUUAUGGCAAUGUAUUUAAUUCAAUUAUCAAUGACAGGAAAUCCUUCAAUGAAUGUUAUUCCAACUAAUUUGCCUCAAUCAUUAUGGACUGCAGUAUCUAAUAUACCACAACAACAAUCCUUUUCUAAUAAUAUGACAAUGCCGGGUACUUUAAGUACAAAUUCAACAGGUACUUCUACUACAUUAGGUAGACAACCAACCAUCUCGAGAGUCUCCAGUGGUGCAUUCAAUAAUGCAUCUAACGAUUGGGUAUUAACUCCAGAAAAGAAACAACAAUUUGAUGCAAUUUUUAAUUCUUUAGAUAAACAACAUAUUGGAAAAUUAGGCUCACAAGUCUUAGUACCAUUUUUUUUAUCAUCAAAAUUAAAUCAAGAAACUUUAGCAACUGUUUGGGAUCUUGCUGAUAUUCAUAAUAAUGCAGAAUUUUCUAAUAUGGAAUUUUCUAUUGCUAUGUUUUUAAUUCAAAAGAAAAAUGCAGGCAUUGAUUUACCUGAUGUUGUACCAAAUGAAUUAUUACAAUCACCUGCUCUUGGUUUGUAUCCACAACAACAACAACAACAACAACCAAGUAUGACUAUUCCAUCAAGAGCUACUAAACCUUCUUUCCAAGAUAUGCCACAACAACAAGCUGCUCCACAACAAAUCCCACAAAAUUCAAAUAAUGGUUCCUUAAAUGAUUUAAUGGCUUUGAAUAAUACAUUUUCUCCUUCUCCACAGCCUAUUGUAAGAAAUGAUACUAAUAAUAGUAUGAAUUCUGGUAAUCAUCCAACAGCACAACAUUCUGCGAUGAAUUUGAAAAAAUUUAAUCCAACAUCUCAAUUUGGUCAACACAUCAUUCAAGAAGAAGAAGAGAGUAACAAUUUUGUUGCACCACAACAACAACAAAAACAAGCAGUACCUGCUGUUUCUUCUGCUCCGGUAGCUCCGAUGCAAAGAGCUGCUUCUGUAUCUUUACCACAAGUUCCAAAUUUUGGUUCUUUGAAUUUGGCCUCCACUGCUAUUGGCGCAGGUGUUGGUGCCGCAGUUGGUGGAGCCACUGCAAGUGCAUUCCAUAACAAUGAUUUAUAUGCAGACUCAAAUGCAUCUGCACAAUUAUCUGCAGCUACUACAGAUAUGGCUAACUUAUCAAACCAAAUGAAUUCUUUGUCUAAACAAGCUACUAUUACUAAUGAUAAGAAAGCUAAAGCUAGUCAAGAAUUGGCUCGUGUCACUGAUAUGAAAAAUUCUUUGAACGUUAAAUUGACAACUUUAAGAAACACUCAUGAACAAAAUGUUAAACAAACUGAAGAUUUACAACGUUCUUUAGCUGUAGUUAAUGGUGAGAAUGAUCAAUUGAAACAACAAUUGGCUGUUGUAGAAGCUAAUUAUCAUGCUAUUGAAACUAAAUUGAAUGAAAGUAAUGAAGAAUUCCAAAGAGCACAAGAGGAAAACAAUAAUUUCAAAGAACAAAUUAAGAAUUUAAAUAUUCAAUCAAGUACUUUACAGGUUCAAUUGGAUGAAAAACAACAACAGGUUAAACAACAAAGAUCUAUGGUUGAUGUUAAUUCAAAACAAUUAGAAUUAAGUCAAAUUACUGUUGCAAAUUUUACCUCCGAAAUUUCAGGUUUAGAAGAAAAAUUGGCUAGUUAUUUGACCAAGAAACAAGAAUUGGAAGAUUAUGAGAAGACCAUCCAAGGAAAACAUUCUGAAUUAGAGACAAGAUUUAAUGAAUUGACUGAUAAGGAAACAGAUUUGAAUCAAAGAGAUGUCCAAUUGAAGGACCAUACUCAACAAAUUGAAGAACAAGAAAAGAUUUACAAUGAUCAAGUGGUUCGUCUACAGGCAAUGUUUACCGAUCUAUCUCAAAGAAAGGAAUCAUUUGAUAAAGCUGACCAAGAGUUGAAAGCACAAAAUAUGGAAUACGCCAGUAAAGUUCAAGACUUAGCUGAAAGACAAAUGAAUCUAGCUAUGGGAGAAAUGCCAGAAGAUGCUAAGGAUAUUAUUGAAAAAAAUAAGAUGAACAAACAAGUUGAAACCCCGGUAUCUCUAGAAGAUGAAGAGACCUCAAGAACUGAAAGAAGUGGAAGCGAAGUGUUUGAUAAGGAUGUCCCAACUUUGGCUUCUCAAAGUGAACAAGGUGAACCUCAAGGUGCUCCAGAUGCUAAUCAACCAUUAUCCGAUAGAUUUGAAGGUGAUUUGAAUGAAUAUGGUAUUCCAAGAACAGAAUCAUUGACAUCUUCUGUAGCUAACAAUGCACCACAAUCUGUUAGAGGUGACGCCGAAAUUGUUGAAGCUUUGGAUUCUCGUAUUUCAGAGACUCCAGCGUUACCAUCUGCUGGUACAGUGACCGGUGAACAAGCUAAGGAUGUAAGUAUCCCACAAAAGGAUAACGAUACUGAUAAGGACUCUAAUUUAAGUGGUGCUGAGUCUGAAAAUUCUAUUCAACACUCUUUAGUAGCAGAAGACGUUGAUAAACAUUUUGAAGAAGCUGUUGAUCAUGUGAAUGUUCCAGGUGGUGUGACUGCCAAUGCCAUUGAUGAGGAAUUCCCACCAAUUAGAGAGUUGGAAAUUGAAGAAAGUGAUUCCUCCGAUGAGGAUGAUGAAAAUGAACAUUUUGAAGAUACCAAAGAUGUUAUUACACCAAGUAUGCAGAACGUUUCUAAACAAGCCACCGAACCAAAGGAUGAAUUUGAUGAUGAAUUUGCUGGUUUGGAACAAGCUGAUGUUGAAGAGAACGAUUCAGACAAUGAAAACUCUGGCGUUGCUUACACUGCUGCUGAUGCCAUGGAACCAUUUGAAGAUGCCAACCAAACUGAUUUGAGAGAUCAAUUACACAGCAAUGACUUCACAGCUUCUGAAUCCGCUGUACCACAACAACAAGAACAAACUAAUGUUAGUAACGAUGAAUGGGAUGAGAUAUUUGCUGGUUUUGGAAACGGCAAGCAACCUGCUAAUCAAACACAAGGACAAUUACAGCAACCAAUUCACAACGCUCUACAGCAACCUACUCCUGACAGAAAUUCUAUGCCACCUUCUAAUAGCAAGGUUGAUCGUAUGAUUGCCACUACUCCAAAGGCUCUGGCUAUUGAAGAACUAAGUGGUAUGGGUUUCAGUGAAGCAGAAGCUACUAAGGCUUUAGAAAAAUGUAACUGGGAUUUAGAUACCGCUACAAACUACUUGCUGGACAAUGCCUAA